GAAUUCCUCACAUCUUGGACUCCGUAGCAGCACCACAAAACUAACUGGAGCAAUGGAAGGGAGCCUUUGCCAUGAGUUCUGGACUGACCUCCCAGCCAUCAACGUGUGGGAGGUCUAUGGCAGCCUCACUCUAGCGCAAUUGGUCCCGCAAUUGCUUCCUCAAGUGCUGUCAAAAGUUGAGCUUGUAGAGGGAGAUGGCGGUGUUGGAACAAUACUGCUUGUCACUUUCCCGCCAUCAGGAACUUCCGGACUAGCAAGUUACAAGGAGAAGUUCACCAUGGUCGACAAAGAAAAGUACAUCAAGGAGGCAGAAGUGAUUGAAGGAGGCUUUCUAGAUCUUGGCUUUCAGAAAUAUUUAGUGCGAUUUGAGAUUGUUGGACAAAAAGAUGGCCCGACCAUUAUAAGAUCAACCAUCAAGUAUAAAGUUGAUGCCGAGCAUGCAAGCAAUGCCUCACUUGUCAGUACUGGAGCUUUGGCAGCCAUCGCUGAUGCCAUGACCAAGUACAUCAAAGAGCAGAAGAGUCCCAAGCAAGACAGCGAACAAACUUCGGAAGAAGAAGCACCCAAACAAAAGUCAGGAGAACAUGGCGUCUGAACUCUGAAGUGAUUGGCACCCAAGUUUGAGCAAACUCUCUUAUAUUAUUUCGUUAUUUGUUCUUCUCAUGUCUCUGGAUCUAUCUAUAUAUAGACACACAUACACACUUAUUGUCUAUUUGGUACCUAGCAAGCUGAACAAUAAUGUUCAGCGAGCCGGUGGUGCCGCCGCCGCACCGGAGACCCAGCAAAAAAACAGCAAAACCACUGUUUUUAAAACGUAGGCACCACAA